AUAUUGUAAAGUGCGGCAGGCAGCCAGGCACCGCAGUAUCUGGUGCCUGCGGUCUGUGGGUGUCAGUAUGGGACUCCAUACUACUGAACAUCACGCGGAGCAGAAGAGUCAAAUGCGAAACCGUCCUUCGAAGAAGCUGCUCAGCGCCCCUCCUGCGUCCCCGCGGCUUCACGUGCGGCCCUGGUGGUUCCCAGUGCACGAACUCAGUGAUCCUGUCGUGAUGUACCUGGAUGCCUGGCUGGCAGAAAUAAUCUUUGACUCUCUUUUAUAUUUAGGCCCAAACCAAGCCUUAAUCUCCGAAAUAGAGUGGAUAAGCCAGGCUUUGGUGAGAGUGGACACGAUUGACUCUGGGAACUUAGCUGAAAUCACCAUAUUUGGACGACCCUUCGUAAAGAAUCGAUUGAAAAACAUUAUCUUGAACCUGGCAGUAUGGCACAAAGAACAGCACGCCCAAAAAGUUUCCAAACACCAGGCAACUGGAGAGUCCCUGGGAUCCAUUUCGGAGGAGACCCUUGAGAACGGAAGGACAGGCCAGACACACCCAGACCCAUCACCGGCAGCUCAACCUUAGGCACCACUUCCCAGAGUCCAGCUUACAAGAUGAAAUAACUUGAGGAAUUUUUGAAGACCCUUCCCUCCAACUCAAGCAACCUGCCUGAGCCGGUGCAGGAGGCACUUGCUGACUGACUGGCAGCCCAACUUCAGCCCCUGGAGGUGAAGAGGAACAUAGAUUCUUGCACUUGUUUUCUUUCCUGCCUUCGUGGAUAUCUGUCUUCCUUUGCAAAUAGCGGUUUGUAAGAACUAUUCCAGUACAGGAAUAACUUUGUUUUCAUCACAUACAAUAAAGUAAACUUAAAAGCA